GGUAAUAAUCCUCGCGAGCAUAAAAUUUCACGAAGUUUUUCUGGAGACAAAAUCUCAGGGUGACUUAGUUCAUCACUUGUCAUUUUUGUUUAUGUUCUGAUCUCUCAAUCAAGUCUGGAUGGAUAUACGUUGUGAAAGUUGUUGCCUAGCUACCAAUUCAUCGUUUGUUUUUCUUUUUCCUCGAGAGGCUCCAUUGAUUUUAUUGACAAAACAAGGAUAACUUUUUGAAGAUUACUUUAUAAAAAGCGUUAGAAAUGACUCAAGUCAUUUCGCAAAAUAAUGACGGCACAAGAACGUACACAUUUGCUAGCCAGCCGCGACCUGUAAAGCAAAGAAAAAAGUAUAGAGAUCCAGAAGCAUACGAAAAUGAAGGUCCAUUGCCGUAUGGCAAUAUCAUGUAUGAUAGAAGAAUUAUCCGUGGAAAUACUUACGCUCAACAUACGUUACCUGUUAGUGCUCAACCAGAUCCCAUCGAGAUCCAACGUCAGCAGGAGGCAAGGCGUCGCGCUAUAGCAAGAAAACGUGCUAAGAAACAAUUGGCUCCCAAAUCCCCUGAAGCAGUUGAAGGUCGUAGACAUGUUGAUGUACAAACAGAACUAUAUCUGGAAGAACUGACUGACCGUGUCGAAGAAGCUGAUGUUGAAACUCAGACAGAUGCCUUUCUUGACAGACCUCCAUCACCUUUAUAUAUUCCAGCCAAGACUGGUAUUGAUGUUUCCACUCAAAUAUUACAAGGAGAGCUUUUUGACUUUGACAUCGAAGUGAAGCCCAUUCUUGAAGUAUUGGUUGGCAAGACAAUGGAACAAGCCCUAAUAGAGGUCAUGGAAGAAGAGGAAUUGGCGAAUCUUCGCUCCCAACAACGUCGAUUUGAGGAGCUUAGGAAUGCUGAGCUUGUUGAGACACAAAGAUUAGAGGAGCAAGAAAGACGUCAUCAUGAAGAGAAAGAAAGAAGAAUAAAACAACAAAUUGAUGUUCUGAAGAAGGAAAAAGAAACAGCUGAAAAGAUUGCAGCCAGAGCCUUUGCUCAGAGUUAUUUGGCUGAUAUGAUACCCUCUGUGUUUGGUUCACUAAAUGAGCAUGGAUAUUUUUAUGACCCAGUUGAGCGAGAUGUUGAAACAUACUUCAUGCCAUGGUUAGAAGAACAAAUACAAAAAAAUUUGGAUCGUUAUCAAGUGGCUUGUCUCAUGUUGGAUUCAAUGAUCAGGAAGGUGGUUAAAGGAAGACUUGACUCUUAUAGUAAUUUAGAGCAGUUGAUAAUGAAAUCAAUAGAAGAAAGCUCUUCGAUGUUUAAUGCUGAAGGAAAGCAGGAGGAAAAAAAUUCCACCGAUGUGGAAGUUGGACAAGGUGACAGUGAAGGAGUUGAGGAUAAUAAAGAUAAGGGGCUUGAGGAAAAAACAAAGGGUGAAGUUACUGAGGAUGAUGGUAUGCAACAGGCGAAAGAAGAGACUGUUAAUGCAACAGAGGAACAAGCAGAUAAUGCUCAAGUGAACGAACAAGCAGAUAAUGCUCAAGUGAACGAACAAGCAGAUAAUGCUCAAGUGAACGAACAAGCAGAUAAUGCUCAAGUGAACGAACAAGUGGAUAAUGCUCAAGUGAACGAACAAGCAGAUAAUGCUCAAGUGAACGAACAAGCAGAUAAUGCUCAAGUGAACGAACAAGCAGAUAAUGCUCAAGUGAACGAACAAGCAGAUAAUGCUCAAGUGAACGAGGAUGUUGAGGAAGAGCAGUAACUAUAAAUAUACAUAACAAUUUCACAUAAAAAUGUUGACCUCACUCCAGGCAAUAGACAGAUGUAAAUAGCUUUCAUUGAGUUGUUAGGGACAAUUGUGUAUGAGGAAAGAAACAUUGCAUAAUAUGCUGUCAACCAAACACACUACAUAAAUUAUAAAUCUAUAUUCUUUUA